CUCUCUCACAUUUUCUAACUCUCUCUCUCUCUCUCUACAUUGGAUUGAAGGUCCUGAAAGAUUCAACCUUUCAACUUAAUUGCACAGUUGACCAAAGUUCCAGUCUUUCUUUUUCAGCCUUGUCUCAGAGCUCUGGUUUUCUAAAGCUAUAACUCUGAUCUACUUAUGUUAAACCCUUCCAAAAAUCACAAUCCAAAGUUUGGUUCUUUUUCACUUUCUCUUCAUAUUCUCUGUGGAUCCCCAUCUGGGUUUUACUAUUCAGCCACUUUUUGGCCUAAUUUUAGUUCAGCUCUGAGAUUCAGAUUCCUGAUCCAAAAUUCUCCUCCACUUUUCCCUUGAAAAUUCAGUGUUAUUUUGCACAGUCUCUCUGAUUCUUCAACUGGGUCUUUAUUCUUUACCAUCAUUUGCUUAAAAUUCAGUCUGUUUUUAGUCUUUGAAUUUGGCUGUUACAAAAGAUGGGUGUUUGUCUUAGCAAAGUCAGAAAUUCAGAGCCCAAAUACAAUGGUUAUAGAUCAGUAGGUGGUUCUGAUAUGCACCAGCAAAAAAGCCAUGAGCCUGUAGCUGAACAACAAUCCAGAACACCAGCACAACAGUCCUACCACAUGCCUGAGAAACGCACUGUACCAGCCCAGCCAGCAGUGAAGCCAUCUGUCUCAGCUCCAAGCCCAAAACCUGUGCCUAGGCCAGACACAAUUCUUGGCAAAGCAUAUGAGGAUGUUAAGCAGCACUAUUCAUUUGGCAAAGAAUUGGGUAGAGGUCAAUUUGGGGUCACUUAUCUUUGUACUGAGAAUUCAACUGGCAAACAAUAUGCUUGCAAGUCUAUAUCUAAGAGGAAGCUUGUUACAAAGAAUGACAAGGAGGAUAUAAAGAGAGAGAUUCAGAUUAUGCAGCAUUUGAGUGGUCAGCCAAACAUUGUUGAGUUUAAGGGUGCUUAUGAGGAUAAGCAAUCAGUGCAUCUUGUUAUGGAGUUAUGUGCUGGUGGGGAGCUUUUUGAUAGGAUUAUUGCAAAGGGUCAUUAUAGUGAAAGGGCUGCUGCUUCAAUAUGCAGGUCAAUUGUUAAUGUUGUGAAUAUCUGCCACUUUAUGGGUGUGAUGCAUAGGGACCUCAAGCCUGAGAAUUUCUUGUUAUCUAGCAAGGAUGAGACUGCACUUUUAAAGGCCACAGAUUUCGGAUUAUCGGUUUUCAUUGAGGAAGGGAAGGUGUACCGAGAUAUAGUUGGGAGUGCUUACUACGUUGCUCCAGAAGUAUUACGGCGCAGAUAUGGGAAGGAAAUAGAUAUUUGGAGUGCAGGAGUUAUCUUGUAUAUAUUACUCAGUGGUGUACCUCCAUUUUGGGCUGAGACGGAGAAGGGGAUAUUUGAUGCUAUAUUGAAAGGAGAGAUUGACUUUGAAAGUAAACCAUGGCCAUCUAUAUCAAGCAGUGCCAAGGACCUUGUCCGGAAGAUGCUAACUCAGGACCCAAAGAAAAGGAUUACUUCUGCGCAGGUUCUAGAGCACCCAUGGCUUAGAGAAGAUGGAGAAGCGUCAGAUAAGCCAAUAGACAGUGCUGUUCUUUCCAGGAUGAAACAAUUUAGAGCAAUGAACAAACUUAAGAAACUUGCACUGAAGGUCAUUGCUGAAAAUCUCUCUGAAGAAGAAAUCCAAGGGCUGAAGGCAAUGUUUACAAACAUUGAUACGGAUAAAAGUGGCACAAUCACCUAUGAUGAACUUAGGACCGGGUUAGCUCGGCUUGGCUCAAAGCUUUCAGAGGCUGAAGUCCGGCAGCUCAUGGAAGCUGCUGAUGUAGAUGGGAAUGGAACAAUAGACUACAUUGAAUUUAUCACUGCUACAAUGCAUAGACACAAGCUAGAAAGAGAAGAACAUCUUUAUAAGGCUUUUCAAUAUUUUGAUAAGGAUAAUAGCGGAUUUAUUACCAGAGAUGAACUACAGUCGGCCAUGAAAGAAUAUGGAAUGGGUGAUGAUGAAACAAUCAGGGAAAUAAUAUCUGAAGUCGAUGCUGAUAAUGAUGGUAGAAUCAACUAUGAGGAAUUCUGUACAAUGAUGAGAAGUGGAACCCAACCGCAGGGUAAGCUCUUCUAGAUCAACAGCUGUUACUUGCUGCUGAUCCCAAGAGGCCCUCCUGAAGAUAACAUUCUUUAGAUUGAGGAGGACCUGGAGCCAUUUCAGAUAGCGAUAUCUGCUUUCAGAAUACUUCCCAUUGAAUAUAAAUAUCUUCUUAAGCAUGUCAGGCUUCCAAUUUGAAUUUUUUUGUUUUUGAAGUGGUGCAAGAGUUGUGAAUAACUAGUGACCGACCUCCGUAUGUUUAUCUGUAAUUUAUUAAAUUUGUUUGAGCAUGUUGACGUUUGGAGGAUAGACUGUUUUAAGAGGACGAUGUUGUUUUCCUCUGUAGGGUACAUGCAUAACCACGCUUUUGGACAAGGUUCUGAUGAAAAGGAUAGUGCUGUAAAAUCUCAAGUUUGCUUCGCAUUCACUUUCAAAUCUGAAUAUGGACUUUUGUCA